UAAAUUAUGAGGCACAAGCGUUGAUUGAAAAAAUCUUGACAACAAAGCCUGGUGGUGAGCGUAUCAUACAAGAGUAUGCAAGAACUAAAUGCUUGACAGAUGCAACCAGAAGACAGAUGAUAAACAUCCUUACAGCUGCAAUGACAGAAGCACAUGGAUCAUCCCCUCCUAAAAGCAUCAGAGUGAUGUAUGCUCAGGGGAUCGUUGCCUUAUUUCCCUAUCUGGAAGACCCGUUUUCAAAACAUGGAUAUGAGCAUUACUAUGAUCCAGAGAGCGGUUCAGGAUACCUUGCAUGGCGUUUAAAGACCAUUCAAAGAAAAACUGCAGAGGAAAGGGGUGCCUCAGGUAGCAAAUCUCCAAAAAGUGGUGGACCAGGCCAUGGUCAAUCCAGGGUUUUCACUGCUGACAAAGUGCUGUCAGAUGAGGAAGUGGAAGCAGCUAUUGCUGUUUUGAAACACUCUGCUGAUGAUGACACUGUCCGUGAGAAGAUGAAGGCUACCUUCCAUUACCGUCAUUCAAUGGUCAAUGAUGAAAAGAAAGCAGCAACUGUCUUCUCUGUCUUUCCACGGUUUCUGGACACACCAGGACUGAUAGAACAAGAUUUUAGACUCCUGUUUGGUGAAGGCACUGCCAACAAAUUUUUGGAGAAGUGGCCCACCAGUCUCAAAUCCAAGGUUAUAAAGGAAAGCCAUGGCCUGGUACCCACCACUGAGCUCUUGGAUUUAUUGCGGAAUGCAGAGUUGGAUGCUGAACAUGAGAAUGGUUGGGAUAGUGACAUGUCUGCUAUUUUGCUUCUGCUGCAUCUGCUACCACCAUCUGCACAAGGACGAAAGAGGCCGGGUAAGAUGUCUGCAUCUCAAGCUGUGGAUCACCUCAUCAGAUUUCUAAAGGUUGGAACCAGUGUACAGCAGCAUCUUGACAAUAUCACGCAACGUACCCAGCCCUACCUCCUGGCCCAGGGAUCCAUCCAAAGCAGUAUUCACGCAUUCUUCAUUGUGAUUGACAACUAUGCUAUUCCAUGUAAGGCAACAUGUUCAGUUGGAGCUCUUGAUGAGCUCUUUAAGGCCCAUUAUGUGUUUGGCGUUGUCCAACUGGUGCCAUUUGGGGACUCCAAGUGGCACCAAUGGGACAAUGCCUGA